AUGGUCGACCACUUUAUCAAAGAACUCAAGGAAAAAGAAGCGAUUUUAGACACCCGUAAAACAGAUCUAGGGCUAAUAGAAUGAGUUCACAAAAUCCACCCUGUAAAUCAGUUUAUAAGGAAAAAUUUCACAGACCCAAACUAUGAAAGCCAAAUUUUAAAUAAAGUAACCCAUAUAGAAGAACAAUAAAAUGGCAGCAUAUCGCAAAGGCUUGGUAUCAGAAAUGCUGGGGAAAAGGCAAGCAGUCUCAUUAGUUUCUUCGCCGACGAAGAUGAAGAAAACGUGGAUUUCGAGGCCGAAGUCAGGAAAAGCAGUAAAUAAGCACAGAGAAAUGGAGCUUAUUCAGCAGAUAAAAUUUGAAACAAAAAAUAGCAUUACUGAACUGUUGGGGAGUGGAGUAAAUUUAUAUAAAGGAAUUGCUGAAAUUUCAAGCCAUUUUAUAGUGAUAUUAUUGAUAAAAGGGUAGCAUUGGCGAAAUAUAGGCUAUAUAUAAUAGAAAAUAGAAAUUUUUAUGGAUAGUAUAGAUACUAAGCUAUCCGAACAGUAUAAAAUUCAUACAAAUAUGCCUGAAACUCUUAUAUUUGGCUAUGGUUUUGAUAGCCCUACUCUAUUAUACACAAAUGACGACGGUAUUCUCCAAGCUCAGCAAAAAUUGUCGAUUUCUCAGAUUGAAAUAGUUAUACAAAUUUUAGAAACAUGAAGGCUUUGUAAUUAUAGCGGGGUAGCUUGUCCUUUGUGUAUUGUGAUCACCCCGAAUAGUCAAUAUAAUAAGAUUGUGAUGAGAGAAAAUGAGCUUAAAUAAAAAUUCAAUUAAGGAAAUGAAAUCUUUUUUGGGGAAAUAAGAUUUAUUUUCCUAUAUAAAAAAGAAAAUCAUUGAAAUACAAAUAAGCGAAUUUUCACCAAUAAAUAUGCCUUUUCUGUAUUAAUGCAUCGGCAUUAUGCAGCUUCAAGUAAUAAUUAGGAAAUAGAAAGCUGGAGACCUUUUAUAUAUAAAAGAUAUAUAUGAAAUAAAAAAUUCGUAUAAAAAUGAUCUAAUUAUUCAAAGAUAUAUUUUGCCAAAAGGAAGAAAAGCUUCAAAAAUCAGGAUUGUUUGGACAUCAAAAGACCUAAAAAUCUAUAAAAUCACGAAUAUAGAUAGAAUGGACGGCAAAAAGGAGCAGAUCCCGGCUCCUUGUCAUUUGAUCGAAAUAUAUUGAUUUUUUUUGACAUUUCCUAGGGUAUUUUUGUCCUAAAUUUUCCAUAAUGAUAAAUUCCAUAGAGUUUUACAGUUUAUUAAAAGAAAAUGUCUCACGAGUAAAAAGUUAAAAGUCUUAUACAAAAAAAAAUUUCUAUAAAAUGAUUAUCAACAGCAGAACCCACUAGACAGUGUUUAUUAUAUCAACAAAACAAUUGACACUCGGAAAAAAUAUGGAAGUGAAGGUACUCCCCUUACAAAUCAUAUUAAAGUCAGCAAAAAUAACCUAGAACAGUAUAAUAAAUUAUUAGAGAAUGUACACUUUAAUACAUAAAUAUGUCCCAAUAAGUUUAUUUAAGAAACUUCAGGACAUUCACAAUGAAUAUAAAUAUAGAAAUUUUGAUAACAAAAGAAAAGAAAACUAAAUCAACCACACACUCAAGCGAGCAAAAAUCAAGGGACGCAGGAUGAUUUGAGCAUGAUUAUGAUGACAAAGCCAAAAAUUUUCCUUCUAAAUUGCUUAAUAAGUCUAUGUUUGAUCAACACCCAUCAAAGGGUAUACAUAAAAAGUCAAAUUCUUCACAAAAGAUAAAAAGCGCUGAUGAAGAUCUGCAUGCAUAUAUAAAAGACUCAAUUCUUGGGUUUUCGCCACCUGUUACAAUAAAAAAAUUAUAUCAAAAUUUGUUUAAAAUACCUCAUCUAGCAGAAGAGGAUGAAGAGUUUUCGUGUGAUGGCUGUGAUUUUUCUCAUAAUUUUGGAAAUAAAUUAAAGAAUUAAAUUAAACGGCUAUGAUGGCCAUAAGCGGACAAAACACUAGCCAUCGCCCAUCUUUGCUUAAAAAGUCACCUGCUCAAGGAAUUAUAUCCUAGCCCGUCUGCAAAAUGCACAGAUGGUCCCUUUAAGAAGAAUCCAUGCGGUAGGCAGAACCUGUCUAGCCCAUCUGGCAUGAGCAGGAAAACCUAAGGCAAGAAACAAGGCACCCUGCUUCUGCAGGCCUCCGAUUCGAGCUAACGAAGCGCUUACUUUCGCCACUAAUAGCGCUGGCCCACCGCUCGAUCAGGAGGUGUCGCCUUUGAGUUCUAUUUCUGUCAACCUAACCAUUUUAUUCCUAAUAAAUUAAGGAAUAUGUAUUGCACUGAUUUCCUUGACCCUGACAAAUCUGCUAUUUAUGAAAUAAAAUGCAUAAAAAGCUAUGAAAAAGCUAUAAAGCAGCUUCAUGAAGUAAGAAAGGCUGUCAAUUCAUUUUUGGUUCAAAAAGAAAAUAAGACACUUAGCCAGUUGGUGCUGGAUUUUGCCGAAGACCAGUCCAAUAAUUUUUAUUUUUUGAAAAUUAAAGCAUUUCAAUGUGAACAAAAAAUCAAUAAAACUAUUCACCAAAAACAAAAAAAUUUAAGUCAAAGAUAAAGCAGCAAGAUAGAUUAAAAAAAUUAAUUUACCACGACCAUAAGCGGUAUCUCACUAGCGGAUUAUUUAACUCCAGGAAAGGUGGCCUUGCUGGUUACGUUCACACAAAGUGCAAAUGGUGUAAGGCCCAGCCAAAUUCUGCCUUCUCAAAUUUUCUGGCGAAACUCAACUAACCUGAGGAUUAGCUCCCUAAAUUAGAGCCACUCUUUGAUAUGGGGAAAAAGCUGUAACCUCAAAGUCCAGCUUCCGUCAACUUCACCCAUUUUAACUAUUAAAACAUCAAGACUUAUACUUAUUUCUAACAGAUUUAGGCAAUAUAACUAAGUUACCAAAAAUUAAAAAUUAAUCCAAGAGAGGAUAUAGAAGUUUCCUAUGUUUGGCGCUGUAAGGCCGAUAAAAAUUCUGAUCGGAAUUUAUCGGUUAGUUGCACCAAAUCAAUGCCUUGGUCGGACCAAAAAGCGAUUUGGUCCGACGAACUUGGAAAGCUCCUGGAAAAUGUCUGCGCUUUCAGCGCUAUAUAGAGGAAACCUCUAUAAGUUUUUAUAUGCCAAGGCAAGCACUGUUCUAAUUCUGUAUCCGAUUCUCAAUUUUUUGGAAAUGAUUCAUUAAAUUUUACUACAGAUUUUGAUAAAAGUGGAAAAUUUCUAAUUUUAAGAGGAAAUAUGAUAGAUGAUAAAAAUGAAGAAAAAGACUUGUCACAGAUGCUUAAUCCUAGGCUUUAUGAAAGAGUUCCUGUAUGCCGCAACUGCUAUAAUACUUAUAAACUAAGGGAUAAAGGAAAUAUCAGCCAAUAUCAAAAAACAAUUCUUCUGACUAAAAAUAAAGAAAAGAAGCAAAAAAAUAUUGAGCAAUUAAUAGAAGAAAUCAACCCACUGAUAGCUGAAAAGUGCACAGAAAGCUCAAAUACAGAUUUUCUGCUAAAAAGAAGUGAGUCAUUGCCAUUUCGAAGACAAGCUAAAGCUGUAAAAUCUGAAGUAUCGCAACCACCAUGCCAAACUAAGCUCAAUAAAGUAAAAUCCUCAUUAUUGAGUCCAAAAUCAACACAAGCAAUUUAUUUCAAAAAAAAAAUGAUUGAAAUUCGUCAAGCUGCCAAUGAGUUAGAAUUUCCUACACAUCUUAAUAAAACUUCAUUAAUAUAA